UCCCACAGCCCUCGGAACACACCAUGGGCCCAGAGGCGGGUUUGCAGCACAGCAGCGACGACGCAGGCGGCAGCCCCGGCGACGCUCAACUGCCUCCCUGACCGCCGACACCACCGCCCUACACCCCGAAAAACGAUCGCCAUCAACGGCAGGAGACUUUUAAGGGCACCGCAAAGCACCUUCGCGAUCGACUCAAGCUACGUCAACAACUAUGGCAGGCGAGGGGCGGCGGGCGGAGCCGGAGAGGGAAGGAUGGGCGCUGUACGUCACGCCCAGGGCUCCGCUACGGGAGGGAAGGCCCCGGCUCGCCCCUCAAAAUGGCGGCAGCAGUGACGUGCGUGCGUACGGAACUCCUACGCCGUCGCGCCACGGCCGGCGGGAAGUGAGGUUCUCAGAAGAGCCGCCCGAAGUGUACGGCGACUUCGAGCCCCGGGCGGCCAAAGAAAAGGCCCGGAUGGGAAGACAGAUUCCGGUAGAAGGGUUCCGGGCCGAUUCCGCGAAAGAGGAAGUGAGAGAAAGCGCCUAUUACCUUCGGUCUCGGCAGCGAAGGCAGCCCCGACUCCACGAAGCCGAGGAGAUGCAGACGCGGAGAGCUACUCGCCUCCAGCAGCAGCCGAACUCACCGCCGCCUCCGAUACGACCGUCUCCGGUUACCACCAGAAGAGGCUUACGAGACUCCCAUUCAUCCGAAGAGGAUGACCCACCUUCACAAACUCUUUUAAGCCAAACGGUCACAAAGAAAGCUAUCAGGAGAACACAAGAGACUCCAGUGAUGAGUGAAGAUCCUGUAAUGAGUCUGUGUAGACCCCCUCUAAGAAGCUCAAGAUCUGAUUCGGCACACAAAACAAAUGGAAAUACUAAAAUGAGUGAAUUAGAAGCUGCCAGUGUCCAACAGAAGGUCAAUAUCUUGGAAGAAGGGGAAACUGAGGAAAAUGAUCAAGACAGCUCUAACAGUGAUGUUACUGUUAAGGUCAGAUCCGGGGAUUCUGUUGAGUCUGGAGACCAAACCACCAGAUCAUCAAGUCAGUAUAAAGAAUCACUUUGCCAUUCAUCACAAAGUGGAGACUUCACAACGUUUGAUAAGCAACCGUUAAUGCAAAGCUCAGGAUAUCAGAAAACUCCUCAGGAAUGGGUUGAACAAACCACAAGAAUAAGGACUAGAAUGCAAACAUCAUCACCAGGCAAGCGUUCAAUAUAUGGCAGUUUUUCAGAUGAUGACAGUGUUCAGAAAUCAGAGCUUGGAAACCAAUCUCCAUCAACCUCCAACCAACAAAUGACUGGGCAACCCAAAAGUGCAUCUUCUGUCAAGACAAAGUGGUAUUGGCCCCUUGUUGUGAUAGCCGCUCUUCUCCUUGGCAGUUUUUGGUACACUCGUCCUCCUGAAGCAGAAACCACUGCUGUUCAAGAGUUCCAGAACCAGAUGAAACAACUGAUGAAUAGGUACCAAGGUCAAGAUGAGAAGCUGUGGAAAAGGAGCCAAACGUUCCUGGAAAAACAUCUCAAUGGUUCCCAACCUCGGCCUCAGCCUGCGAUUUUGCUUCUCACCGCCGCCCGAGAUGCUGAAGAAGCACUCAGGUGUCUGAGCGAACAAAUCGCUGAUGCCUACUCUUCCUUUCGUAGUGUUCCUGCCAUCCGGAUUGAUGGUGCCGGCAAAGCUACUCGAGACAGUGAUACUGUCAAAGAAGAAGUAGAUCAGGAACUGAGCAAUGGAUUCAGAAAUGGCCAGAAUGCAGCUGUGGUCCACCGCUUUGAGUCAUUGCCUGCAGGCUCUACUUUGAUCUUCUAUAAGUAUUGUGACCAUGAAAAUGCAGCCUUCAAAGAUGUAGCGUUAGUCCUAACUGUUUUGUUAGAGGAGGAGACGCUUGGAACCAGUCUAGGCCUAAAGGAAAUUGAAGAAAAAGUGAGAGAUUUCCUCCAAGUCAAGUUCACCAACUCUGACACACCCAACUCCUACAAACAUAUGGACCCAGACAAAUUGAGUGGACUCUGGAGCCGUAUUUCUCACUUAGUCCUGCCUGUACAACCUGAAAAUGACCUGAAAAAGGGCAUCUGCUUAUAAAGGAAGGCAGAAGAGAAAAUUAUGUCUCAAGUGCUGAGAAUUUUUUCAAACUUUCUAACCAGACAGCACUCAGAGCUCUUUUUGAAAGAACGGGUUUCUUUUUAGAGGAGGUUAGGUUCUUAGAUACACAUGGAACAUCUGUAUUGUUUAUUCAGACUAAUUAUCUGUUACCUGAAAGACUCAUUUCCCACUGAGAUCUGUGUUAAUGUUAUCUACAGACUAUAAAUUAUAUACAGUCCCAUAGAGGAUCUACUUAGAUUCCAGAGUGAAUCAUUAUUGCUGUGGUAUGACCAGUGGGAGGGAUUUGGCUCCUUCCUAUAAAUCCUCCCCAAUUUUUUAACUUGGAUUUUUUUUCACAGAGUUUGUUAUUAGUAAGACAGCUCCCUGAAUGCAACUGUGGGCUUUCCUGUUUUGUUCUCUUUUUACAUCAUUUAGAUGUGAAUUCCUUAGUAAGCUUCUCCUUAUAGGAACAAAAAUAAUGAAAGGCCAUCUAAGUGUUUGUUUGGGUAUUUCUUUCUUUUUUUCUUUGACUUUGGAGGGCAGGGAAAAGGAGACCAGGGAAAAGUUGUGGAAUGGAGAAGGAAAGGGGAGGAAAAGUCUUCAAGAUUAAAUAUUAAAAUAAGUCACUGGGGGGAUUCCUAGAUGGUCUAGUGGGUGGGACUCCAUGCUCUCACUGCCGAGGGCCUGGGUUCCAUCCUUGGUUGGGGGGCUAAGAUUCUGCAAGCCGCCCCAUGCACACUCAGAAAUUUAAAAAAAAAAAAGUCACUGCCACCUGGGGUUCAUCAAACAUAGAUAUAUGAACUCCAUUCUCGGUAAAUUCUGUUGGGACUUUUAUUUUCCUUUAAGAAAUUUUUACUCCUCCCAAGGAUUCUGAAGCAUGUAUAUGAUGAGGUUUAGUAUACUUGCUCACUUGGCUCUUAAGAACUGGCAAAUUCAGGCAGUUUAUUUUGUUCAUAUCCUGAAAGUUUUGUUAAGAAAGAUAAUGUCAGAAAUUGGUAAAUUGUUUUGUUUCCUCAGUGACUGAAGAGGGAUUUGAUUUUCUGCAUGUCCAUUUGUUGCAGUCUAAAUCCUUUAAUGACACUCUUGUAACAAGAUUUACUAUGCACGUGAUAAAUUCUAUUGAGUGCCUCAAGCCAAAAAGAAAGUGAAGUUUACUAUAUAUGAAGGAUGUUAAGAUGUACUGCUGUACAUUACUGUUACCAUAGUAUUUCAGUUUUAACUUUGCAUCUCUUAACAGCUUUCUCAUCUGUCAACAGCUUUGGUUUUCUUAGAAUCUCAAAAUUCUGGAUCAACUUUAUUUUUUUAUUGUCUAUAAACCUUUAAAUGAUAAUAUUGUUUUUAGAGUACUAGAGCCUGUCAGUGGCUUUAUCAUUUACCUUUUGAGAACCCCAUAACUGAUGGUAGAAUAUGGUCUUAUUUCUUCCACUAGGACUACCAGUAUUUGUAAAUUUAUACUCCUUAUUAUAAUUUGUUCCCAACACUGUCAGAAAUCAGAUAUUCUUGAUUUAUAGAGGAUUCUAAAACAAGAAUUUUUGAAAAGGCUUAUUUUAUACAUAUAUGUAUUAUAUGGAGAAACAGAUGUUUUUAUUAACUGUUUCACUGACCAAAAUUUUAAAAUAAUUAAUAUUACUUAUAUCAGGAAAAAUAAUUGUAGCAGCUGAUCUGUAAAUGACUUUAAAAGCUAUUUUAGUAAUUUAAAUAAAUUUACUUUUUUGAUUUGUACUCUGUGUGUUGUAAGUUUAAUGACUUGUAUAAAAAAUUAUUAUAUUCAUAUUAUAAUAUUAUAAUUAUAUUCAUACAAUUUAUAUAAUUAUAUAAUUAUAAUAUUAUUUAUAUAAGAAUUAUUAUACUUUCAAAAAAUUAUUCCUAGAGUUUUCUUUACACUUGAACAAUUUCAGUGACUUCUGCUUGGAGAAACAAGAGCAGAGAGAACUGGGGCUGCUCACAAGUACGUGGUAGAAAAUACAGUCACUGUGGUUUUCUCUUUCAUCUGGGGAUUUUGAAUUAUCACGAAAGUUGAAUUAAAGUAUUCCUCACUUGGUAAAAAUCUACACCAUGUUUCUCAAAUUUUCCAUUCUCACCUCCCUAAGGAACCUUUUUAGAUUUUUUUUUUCCAUAAUCAUCUACCCCCAUGAAAUUUUAAUAACUGCAUACAGACUGUGAAUCAUACACAUUUUUAUGCUUUAUACACAUGAAGGGUAAGAUUUUGUUGUCCUCACUAAAAAUGCAUGCUCAAGAACAUCUAUAUUUUAGAUCAUUGAUGCCUGAAACAUUGUUUUGUUCAUGUUACCGUAAUACUUUUGAAGGGGAAAUUGUAGUAAAUCAUUGGCUUGAAAAUAGGAACUUGGGCCUCUAGAAAUUAGGCCAUUGUGACUUUGGGUGACUACAUGGGCCCAGGGAAAACUACAGUGCAAUACUGACCUUACAGAUUUCUGUAAACAUAAUUUGCUUCCCAUCUUUUAAUGACUUUCUUAUAUUACUUGUAAAAAGUUUUCUAAAUCUCUAAUCUUCAAAACAAAAACUGGAAGUAAAUCUGAUUUUCAUUCUAUGAAGAGAAUUUAGAAACUUAGAAUUUCUAAGAAAUUAUAAUUUGUAACUUAGAAUUUGCAUAGUUAAUACCUAAACUGAUUUACCUCUGAUCUUAGAUCAUCAGAAAGUGGACUUAAUGUUCACAAUAUGAAGAAGCAUUUCUCAUUGACUGCCAAAAAAAAAACAGUGGACUUUUCUACAUUGUCCUUAUCAAGGCCACAGAGUAAAAUCUUCUGACGAUUUUUACUGACCUUAACAACCUGGAUGAAAGUGUAAGUCCUGAGUUUGGGAAACCGAACUGAGAAGUCUUCCAUUGUUUGCCAUUGACUUGGAUAAAGAGGAAACUCCUGCGUUAAGCCUGUCUUUGGCCUAGAAUCAGAGAAGUCCUGUUGGGCUUUCAGGUUCUUUUGGAUGGUAGGGGAAAUAUAACCCAUCAUCUGAGCAUAAACAGGAGAAACCUUUGGCAAUUUGCAAAUUGUAGUCUUUUUGCAUACUCUUGAACACUUCCGAAAUAUUCAUAUACCUGCCUUCUCUCUUUCUCUCUGCUAAUUAUGCUCUGCUAAUUCUUACUUGUUCUGAAGCCUUUAUUUUUUUAGGCAGAAAUUCACUGAAACCUUCCUUAAGUCCCUACUCUGGAAUACCGAUGCAGGUGCCUCUUUAUGCUUUUGUAUUACUCCUGUAUUACUACUGACAACACAUUUAGCACAUUCCCACUACCAUAUUUGUUGUCUAGUUGCUCAAUCAUAUCUGACUCUGUGAUUUCAAGGACUGCAGCAUGCCAGACUUCCCCGUCCUUCACCAUCUCCUGGAGUUUGCUCAAAUUCACGUACAUUGAGUCGGCGAUGGCAUCCAACCAUCUUGACCUCUGUCGUCCCCUUCUCCUGCCUUCAAUCUUUCCCGCAUCAAGACCUUUUCCAAUGAGUUGGCUCUUCACAUCAGGUGGCCAAAGUCUUAGAGCUUCAGCUUCAGCAUCAGCCCUUCCAAUGAAUAUUCAGGACUGAUUUCCUUUAGGAUUGACUGGUUUGAUCUUGCAGUCCAAGGGAUUCUCAAGAGUCUUCUCCAACACCACAGUUCAAAAGCUUCAAUUCUUCGGUGCUCAACUUUAUGGUCCAACUCUCACAUCCAUACAUGACUACUGGAAAAACCAUAGCAUUGACUAUACAGACCUUUGUCAACAAAGCAGUGUCUCUGCUUUUUAAUAUGCUGUCUAGGUUUGUCAUAGCUUUUCUUCCAAGGAGCAAAUAUCCUUUAAUUUUGUGACUGCAGUCACCAACAGAAGUGAUUUUGGAGCCCAAGAAAAUAAAGCCUGUCAUUAUUUC